GUCCAGCUGUCUAACAAUAGACUGGGCAGCCAUAGGGUGCUGCAGUCACAUGAGGAAGAAGGGCUGGACUAUGUAUCCUUAAUGCUCAACCUGUUGGUGAACUUCAAGGAGCUGAAGUCUGUCGCUCGUCUCUGUCUGGGUCACAGAGCUCAUCCAUAACAAAAUGUCUGACACGGAAGUCAUGGAGGACGAGGAAGUUCAGGAGGAAGGAGCACAAGAGGAGGCGAUAGAUGAGUCAAAGCCCAAACCUAAGUUCAUGACAAAUAUUGCUGCCCCAAAGAUCCCUGAUGGGGAUAAAGUGGAUUUUGAUGACAUCCACAGGAAGCGUCAGGACAAGGAUCUGUCUGAGCUGCAGUCUCUGAUCGAGGCUCACUUUAUCCAGAGGAAGAAAGAGGAAGAGGAGCUCAUCGCCCUCGUUAACAGAAUCGAGAAACGUCGUGCUGAGAGAGCAGAGCAGCAGAGGGUCCGGGCAGAGAGGGAGAAGGAUAGGCAGGCCAGACUUAUGGAGGAAAAAGAGCGGAGGGAGGAGGAGGAGCAACGUAAGAAGCACGAUGAUGACGCCAAGAAGAAGAAGGCCCUCUCCAACAUGACCCAUCAGUACAGCGCUGGACAGAAGGGUGACAACAGAAAAGGAGCCAAGAAACAAACUGAGAGGGAGAAGAAGAAGAAGAUCCUGGCCGACCGCAGGAAGGUUCUAAGCGUUGAUCAUCUGAACGAGGAGAAACUCAAGGAGAAGGCCAACGAGAUGUGGCAGUGGCUGAUGGGGCUGGAGGCUGAGAAGUUUGAUCUUGGUGAAAAACUCAAAAGACAGAAGUACGACAUCAACCAGCUUCUUGCUCGAGUCCAGGACCACCAGAGUGCCAAAGGACGUGGAAAGGGCAAGAUGGCCGGCCGGCUCAGGUAAAGGAGCAGCCAGACGGGGACGAAGCAGACCGCAACACCAGCGAUCAGCCCAUGUGUCUAUUAUGUGUGUAUUCAUUGAUCAGCUGUGUUCGGUUACAUGUCAAUUAUCAUGAAAUCAAAACAAUAAAUAAGUCAUUACAUCCUG